AUGGCAAGCAUAUCCUCUUUUCCAGUACCAAUUCAGAUCCGCGAGCACGAUGAAAUCAGACUUUCCGACGACAUUAUCCUGUCCGCCAUGAUCUGGCUACCAGAAGAUGCGACAGUGAAACCAGUACCCGCAAUUCUUGAGUAUUUACCCUACAGAAAACGCGAUGGCACUGCAGAGCGAGAUGCUCUCAAUCACUCUUACAUCGCCUCCUAUGGAUAUGCAUGUGUCCGUGUCGAUAUGCGAGGCAGCGGGGAUUCUGACGGCACUCUACUCGGCGAAUACCUUGAACAGGAACAGGACGAUGCCCUGGAGAUCUUGCAGUGGAUAGCUGCGCAGGACUGGUGCUCUGGGCCGAUUGGCAUGAUCGGAAUCUCAUGGGGCGGGUUCAACGGGUUGCAAGUGGCGGCUCGACGGCCGCCCGAAUUGAAAGCCGUCAUCUCAAUCUGCUCGACCGACGACCGGUAUGCAGACGACGUUCAUUACAUGGGUGGCUGUCUACUCGUCGACAACUUCACAUGGGGCGCGACCAUGUUCAGCAUCACGCCGACCCCUCCCGAUCCGGCUCUGGUCGGUGACAAGUGGCGGGACCUGUGGAUGAGUCGCCUGGAAGCAGGAGGAAACUGGAUGGUCGAGUGGCAUGAGCACCAACGGCGUGACGAGUUCUGGAAACACGCCUCGAUCUGCGAGGACUACAGCGCCAUUCAGUGCCCCGUCUACCUCGUCGGCGCCUGGUCGGAUGGAUACUCGAACACGAUCUUCCGCAUGCUGGAACACCUCGAAUGUCCUCGAAAGGGCUUGAUAGGGCCCUGGGCUCAUGCGUAUCCCAAUUUCGCCACUCCCGGUCCGCAGAUUGGCUUCUUGCAGGAGUCCCUCCGCUGGUGGGAUAAGUGGUUGAAAGGCAAAGAAACGAGGAUCAUGGACGAGCCGAUACUCCGCUGCUAUUUGCAGGAUACUGUGCCUCCUCGCACGCAGUAUGAUUUCCGUCCCGGCCACUGGGUGGCUGAGAAAAGUUGGCCCUCUCCACAUAUCACCACCCGCACUAUGCGACUCUCAGCCGGGCGUCUGAGUGAUAAGCUCUCAGAAUCAUCAGAUAACCUACUUUCAAUCUGCUCUCCCAUGACGAUUGGUCUUGCCGGCGGUCUGUGGUGCCCAGGCCUUGAUCUCGAUCUUCCCGGGGACCAGCGUGCCGAAGCGGGCGGCUCCCUCCUGUUUGACAGUACGCCGCUGAGCCAACACCUCGAUAUCCUUGGUGCUCCAAUUGUUCAUCUCCGCGUCGCAAGCGACAAAUCAAACGCUCUCGUCGCAGCUGUCCUCUCCGAGAUCCUCCCAGACGGCUCGGCCACCAGGAUAUCUUUUGGACUGCUCAACCUGACACAUCGUGAGAGCCACACACAUCCGAUCCCGCUAGAGCCGGGGUGUUUCUACGACGUCACUAUCAAGCUUAACGAGUGUGGUCAACGCAUCGGCAUUGGAAGUCGCCUUCGUCUCGCGCUGUCGACGUCAUACUUCCCGAUCUGCUGGCCCUCUCCUGAGGCUGCGACUCUGACGAUUGACUGCGGCCAGAGUAAUUUCGAGCUUCCCACCCGACCACAAAGCGACCAGGAUUCCCAGCUGAGACCAUUCGAGCCUGCAGUAACCGGAAACCCCGUGAAGACGAGGGUGCUGAGACCCGGGAAGAAAAUGAGUGGCACCAUCACCGAGGACACCGAAACAGGCCGCAAAACGCUCUGUCGGAUUCUGGAUACGGGCCUGGUUGAGUUCGUGGCCAUCGGCUGGCACUACGGAGAUACCAGCACGAGCAUCUACUCAAUUUCGCCGGAGGAUCCGCUGUCGGCCUACGCGGAGAUGCAGUUCAAGCAGGAAUACGGCCGGGAGGGUCUCGACUUGGUUAUUGAGGGAUGGUGCAAAAUGACGGCGACUCGGACCGAGUUUCAUUUUACUGCUCGGUUUGAUGCGUUUGAAAAUGGAAAGAGAGUAUUUGGGCGAGACUAUUCCUCCACUGUUUCACGCGACCUUGUUUGA